GAAGGUAAAUGAACUCUGAUUUAUUGUGUCUUUCCUCUUGUUGCAUGACGUUUGGCUGUAAAGGAUCCACAGAACUUUAAUCGUUCAUUUAUCACUUCAGUCAAACCGAGUUAAAGGUCAAACGUGCCUGAUGUUAAGUCCUUCAGUAUCCUGGAACUGAAUUUCAGGGGGAGAUUUGGUUCACUUUAGUUCUGUUAGUCCUUGAAUGCAGACGCAAACCAGUCUGUGACAUUGAUUAGAACAAAACGUUUCUAAAAGAGCAGAAACACACACAGUACACACAGUACACACAGAACCUUGGAACCUUCUCAAGAAAUCCCCAACCUCAGAGACCCUCCCCUCAAGGCCCCCUGGAGCCCCCGCCUGUGUCCUCUUCUUGGACCCCUGGGACGUCCCUCAUCCUCAUCCUCACAGGAAACAAACCUGAUGAAACGGACCCUCUUAGUUCCCGUCGAUCACCCCCAGCUGUCCCUCGGGACUGCAUCGCCCUGUCGUCUCGAUAGUUGUCCACUUUCCAAACCGAUCUCCGCGCUUGCAUUGACGUCAAAGGAGCGGGCUGGAUGUAUAAAACGCUCCGUCACAGGGACUGUUCAGACUCGGCUCAGACCUGAGACCCCGACCGGUCGACCAGAGUUCAGCUGCAGCACCUGGACAGAGAAAAAGACAUGAAGCCGGUGCCCCUGCUCCUGCUCCUCUCCUCGGUCCUCCUGUCGUCGCACCUCCGCCCCGCCGCCGGCAGACCGCGCAUCCUCCCCGGCUGGCUGGAUGGCAGCGGCCGCCUCCAGGCGCAGCAACUGGACGAAGUGCUCCUCAGAGCGGCCGCCGCCGGGGACAGGACGGCCGCAGAUCUGCUGGGCGGCAACAUCCUGAGGUUUCUCCAAAGAAGAAACCCGGACCUGCUGCGCCUGCUGCCACCAGAGGAGGAGAGCGAGGAGGAGGAGGAGGCUGUGAGGACCACGGCGCAGCUGUUGAAGCGGAGCGACGAGCCGCCGCUGUCCAUCGACCUCACCUUCCACCUGCUGAGGAAUAUGAUCCAAAUGGCCAAGAUGGAGAGCCAGAGGGAGCAGGCUCAGCUCAACCGCAAAGUCCUCGACGAGGUCGGGAAGUAAAGCUCUAAUUUAAACAAAAAAAGCCUAAUUCAAACAGCCCAGUCGCUGUCUAAGUAUUCAAGACCAAUGACAUUAGUUGUUGUUCGUGCGCCUGCCUUCUUCUCCACAUCAUUUUACGCACAGCUGGUGCCAAAUUACGCAUCGCAGCAUCCUCGAGUAAAAAGUAAAUUCUUAAAUGUUGUUUAAAGACUUUGCUGGAAAAUAUGAAAGCGGACUUUCACCCCACUGACUCCCCCUCCAGGUCCCCCCCUCCACCCCCCCACGUACACUGGACGUUUGGAAAUUGUCGGGUAUCACUGGGUUCCACAUCGUUAAUCCGGACACGAGCAGCGCUUUCCUUUGUCAUUUGUCCCUCUGAUCAAAUGUUUCCGAUGCUUGACGUGACAGAUGACGCGUUAGUAAACUAAAAGAAAGAGAAAAGCUGUUGAAAACCUGACUUGUUAGCUGUAAAUAGGCCGCGCAAGGUGCAUUAUGGGUGUUUGACCUGGUGCUGUGAACAAACCUAAAGCCGUGCUCAUACAUGGUCCUAAAAUGACUUAAUGUUCAGAUAACUUCCUUUUCCCCGUAAUGCAGUGGGAGAUCAAAACAAAGGGUACCUUCUGACCUCUGGUUUAUUGAUCACAAUCAGGUAAAUAAAAAUACUAAGUUGCCGUCUACACUUUACCUCCCACUUCUUUUGUUUCAUGCAGUACUAAAAGAGUCAUUUGAGCACUAAAACACUUGUCACAAAGGGUUUCUCCAUGGCACCAGCAGUGGCUCAUACAUAACUGGCCAAGUGAAGGCGUCACUCAGCCCAAAAAUGAAGAAGAGGUCUGCAGCAUGUGAGGUGAAGAGGCAGAAGAGUUCAGCUCUCUGCUCUGUUUCUGACUGGUGAUGGUUGAAAAGAAUCCGAGGUGGGAGAUUUGUUUUCCGUCCUGGGCCGUCAGCUCUCAGCUUCCUGUCGUCCUCUCCUGUCCCUUUGGUUUCAGUGGGUUUCACUAUCAGCUGUACUGUAUCUACUGUAGCAUGCUCACCUACAAAAACGCAAAAAAAAAGCAAAAAAAAGCUUUAUUUUACUGUCCUGUCUGACUCUGACCACGUUGUCUUUGUUUUAGCAAAAGAAGAAAAAGCUUUUUUGCUCUUUAUAUUUUGUAAUAAAAAAAGUUUGAAGUAAAACAAAA